GUCUUUUAAUACUCCACAUAGAGCAAAACAAUUCAAGUUAUUUAGCUUCAAUGAAUAAGGAUUUUUAUGGAAGUUUGUUCCUUCAGCCACAUGAGUUCCUGCUCGGUGGUGUGAAUGAGGGAGGCAUGGCAGACCAUACCCCACCUCUGGAGUCCGGCCAGCUUCUCAGCCCUGAUCACCCCCUGCUGGGGUCCCCACCACCGCCUGCCAUGGUAAACGGAGAGGGCCCUCAACAGGUAAUCCUGGUGCAGGUCAACCCAGGGGAAGCCUUCACUAUCAGACGAGAGGAUGGUCAGUUUCAGUGUAUCACAGGUCCCGCUCAGGUUCCCAUGAUGUCCCCUAAUGGUUCAGUGCCUCCAAUCUAUGUGCCUCCUGGAUAUGUUUCACAGAUCAUCGAGGAGAACGGGGUGCGUCGGGUUCUGGUGUUGCCCCAGCAACCAGAGUUCCACCCCGGGGGUCACUCUCCCCUGCACCACCCCCCGCCUCCGCAGCAUGCCCACCUGCCUGCCUUCAUCCCCCACCCUGCCAUGAUGCCCCCGCCGCCCUACCUCCACACGGGCAUGGCCGGAGGAGUGGGGGACAUGGGCUCCCAGUACAUCUCCCAGUAUCACCCCGCACACAUCUACUCCGAGCAGGUCUCCACAGAUUCCCACCCCCAACACGGGCGUCCACAGUUUGUCCACCGGGACGACCGGAUGAGCAAAACCUACGAGCGCCUGCAGAAGAAGCUGAAGGAGCGACAGGGUGGAGGAGGAGGUGGGGGAGGAGGUGGUGGACCGUUGAAGGACAGCCCCCCGUCCUCGCCGCAGAAGAGCCGCGGCAGCACCCCCACCGCGGCUGAUAUCCAUAACGGAGUAGGGGGCAAGGGGCUGGAGUUUGACGCUGGGCUGGCCAGCGCCGGAGCUGGAGCCAACGGUCUGGGUGGGCGAGGCAUGAGCAACCAAUCAGAAGAACUGGAGCAAGAGGUCAAGGCCCUGCAGACUCUGUUGAGCACCAUCAGCAAACCAGUGGUGACAGACAUCCAUGCCAGGGGGGCGGUGUUGAGCUGGAGCGCCCCUGUCGGGACACCCGAUAGCCAGGAAGGAGGUGUGGAGGAGGUGCCAAGCCUUCCAGAGCCAAUCAACUACGAGGUGUCCAUUUCGUUCAGUGGCAAAGACGGGAAGUACAACACUAGCUACAGUGGUGAAGAACUAAGUGCAACUUUAGAGGACCUCCGACCAGCAACAGACUACCAUGUCAGGGUCCAGGCAGUGUGUAAGUGUGUCCACGGUGGCCACUCCGAGUCGGUCGCCUUCACCACGCUCACCUGUGAGCCGGAGCCCCCCAACGCCCCCAGGAAGGCCAGCGGGACCAAGAGUGCUCUCGUCCUUCAGUGGAAGGCGCCAUGUGACAACGGUUCCAAAAUCCAGAACUACAUUCUCCAGUGGGAUGAGGGUAAAGGCACCGGCGUGUACGAGCAGUGCUACUACGGGCUCCAGAAGCAGUACCGCGUCACCAAGCUCUCUCCUGCCUCUCGAUACUCAUUCCGCCUCGCCGCCAAGAACGACAUGGGCACCAGUGAGUACAGCGAGGUGGUGGACCUGUUCACCUCCUGCAGCGUACCCUGCCCCCCCCUGCCCCCCGAGCUGGUGAAGGCGGGGGUCACAUGGCUCUGCCUGCAGUGGCAGCGGCCCUGCUCCUCCCCCAAGGAGGACGACGUCUCCUACGUCCUGGAGAUGGAGGAGGAGGGCUCGGGCUAUGGCUUCCAGCCCAGCUACGACGGAGAAGACCUGUCGUGCACCGUCAAGAACCUGCAUCGCAGCACCAACUACAAGUUCAGGGUGGCAGCAUACAACACGGAGGGGAAGAGCAACCCUAGUCACGUGGCCGAGUUCACCACGAGUCCAGACCGGCCCGGCUGCCCCUGCAGACCCCUAAUCAGAGGCCGUGUGCUACCCAACAGCUUCAAGAUGGCCUGGGAACCUCCCAAAGACAACGGUGGAUCGGAAGUCACUAAAUACGUGGUUGAGCGGUCAGAGGGUUUGAGCGGGGUCUCCUGGGAGCUGGUGUACACGGGGCCAGCCCUGGAGUACGUGUGUGAGGGUCUGAAGCCCGGCUGUUCGUACCAGAGCAGGAUCUACUGCAUGAGCGAGGGGGGCCAGAGCCUGCUGUCGGAGACCCUGCAGGUCCAGACGCCCGCUGUCCCCCCAGGGCCCUGUCCGCCCCCCCGGCUGGUGGGCAAGGCCAAGGCCAGAGAGGUGCAGCUGCGCUGGGGCCCUCCCCAGGUGGACGGCGGCUGCCCCGUGUCCUGUUACAGCGUGGAGGUGAGCGGGCCGCUGGCCGAGGACAGCCGGGAGGCGUACCAAGGGGCGGAGCUGGACUGCACCGUGGGCAGCCUGCUGCCCGGCCGGACCUACAGCCUCCGCCUGAAGGCCGCCAACAGAGCCGGGUUCGGCCCCUUAUCGGAGUGCUGUGAGGUGACCACAGGUCCCGGGGCCCCGGAGCCCUGCAAGGCCCCCAGCACCGUCUGCAGGUCCCCCAGCUGUGUGGUGGUCAGCUGGGAGGUGCCCCUGGGGAACGGCGCCCCGGUGACAGAGUACCGCGUGGAGUGGGGUGCCGCGGAGGGAACCAUGACGGUGUCCUACUCUGGCCCCGCCCUCAGCACCGAGGUCAAGGGGCUGCUGCCCGCGACCAACUACUUCUGCCGGGUUCAGGCGGUGAACGUGGCGGGCGUGGGCCCCUUCAGCGACGCCGUGCGCUGCCAGACGCCCAGCUCGGUGCCCGCCGCCGUCACCAACGUGCACGCCCUCAAGGAGUCGGAGAUGCGAACGUACGAGGCGACGGCGCACGCACGCAAAGCCCGUCUGGGGGACGACGACGACGACGAAGACGAAGAGGAGCCGGAGGAGGAAGAGGAGGAUGAUGACGACGAGGAGGAGGCGGUGUCGUCGCGGCGGGCGACGCGGUACUCGCCGUCCACGUGCCUGGGCGUGCGGUGGGAGCCCCCGUGCGACCACGGCGCCCCCAUCACGUCCUACCUGAUCGACCUGGGGGACCGCCAGCCGCUAGCCGUGGGCCCCGUCACCCGGCACGUCCUGCAGAACCUGCAGCCCGACACCAGCUACCGGAUCCGGAUCCAGGCCCUGAACAGCCUGGGGGCGGGCCCCUUCAGCCACCCCUUCAAGCUGAAGACCAAGCCCCUCCCGCCGCCGCCGCCGCGCCUCGAGUGCACCGCCUUCAGCCACCAGACCCUGAGGCUCAAGUGGGGCGAGGGGCCCGGCAAGGCCAGCGCCUCGGACGCCCUCCAGUACCAGCUGCAGAUGGAGGACCGCAGCGGCCGGCUGGUGUCCCUGUACAAGGGGCCGUGCCACACCCAUAAGGUCCAGAGGCUUAACGAGUCUACCUCGUACACCUUCCGCAUCCAGGCCUUCAACGAGGCGGGCCAGGGCCCCUUCUCCAAUGUUUACACCUUCACCACCCCCCGCUCCCCCCCGGCGCCGGUCAGAGGCCCCCGAGUGGAGCACCUUGAAGACCACGCCUGUGAGGUCUCUUGGGAGGCCCUGCCCCCCAUGAAGGGAGACCCAAUCAUUUACACCCUGCAAAGCAUGCUGGGAAACUCUGACUUCAAACAGGCCUACAAGGGUCCCUCCACCAGCCACGUGCUGCACGGCCUGCAGCCCAGCAGCGACUACCGCUUCCGGGUGUGCGCCAUCCGGCAGUGCGCGGACGCCCCGGAGCUCAGCGGACCCUACAGCCCCACGGUCACCCUCUCCCCACCGCGCGGCGAGGCGCAGGGGGGCGGGGCCGGCGGCGGCGGCCUCGGCGCGGCGGGGGCGGGGCUCCGGGCGGGCGGCGCGGAGUCGGCGCGGCCACGGCGCAGCCUCAGCGACGAGCAGUGCGCCUUCCUCCUGCUGAUGGCGUUCGCCGUGAUCGCCAUCCUCAUCGCGUUCGUCAUCCAGUACUUUGUCAUCAAAUGAGCACUUUUCUCUCUCCGACCCCUCUCGCUCGCAAACACACAUACGUGCACGCAUACACGCACGCGCGCACACACACACACACACACACACACACACACGGUCACAGCUUUACUUUCUUUGUCGGUUAGUUCAUUGUUGAUUGUUUGAUAUCUGUGUUGUUUUGCGCACCCUCCACCCCCCCCCCCCCCCCCCCCGCCCCCCCACACACACACACACCCUACCCUCAUGGUUAAUUAUUCAUAAGAAGUAGAAAGAGGAUGGGACGGUUUCAGCUCCUUUCCAAUUGGCCGUCCUCGGGAGAGGGGAUCAUGAGAGAGCCGUGAUUGGCUGAAGGAGGGAGUGGGGCAGAGGGGGGGGGGGGGCAGCGGGUAGAUACUCUUACUCAUGUUCUUGUUGAUUACAGUAUCUGUAUAAACGUAUAUUUAUAGAAGUUAUUAUUUAUAUUUGCAUUUCUGUGUCCAGUAUAGAAGCGUUUCUGUUUUUUGGUUUGUUUCGUAGUUCCAGUAGGAGAAGAGAAUGUAGAUGUUCUGGUAGCCGGUGUGUUUAUGGAGGGACCUAGCAUGGCCAGUGUCUGCGCCAAGCGGUGCAAUCCGAUGCUUUCAGAGUGGUGACUCACCCCCCCCCCCCCCCCCCCCCCCCCCUCACUCCCUACCGCCGCGAAGAAAAACGCGGUUACACAGACGUGAUGAAUCAUGAAAUUGUUGUGCGCGCUAUAGAACAUUCAUUUAGCACUUUCCAAACUUUUUGAUGUUCAGAAUGUCUAAGGAUGCAAAAAUGACUGGAAGAUAUGUUAGUAUAUUUUUGUACAGCAAGACACAAAGUUUGACAGAGGAAAUUCUGGAUUAUGCUGGUUAUAAAGAUUAGGAAGAAAAAAAUAUAGGAAAAACCAAACUAACACAACUACUUGUGAUUAUUUUUUACUGUCUUAUGGUUGAACUGUAGCUUUGUUGCUAUGGACAUGCGGCUGCUUCACUAUGAAAUCAUGUUGUUCUGCACACAAAAUGGACGCUUUCACUUUCGGUUUAUUUUUCCUUUUCAGUUGGGGGUUUCCCAGCUAGCUGAUUUUGCACCUUAGUAAGAAAAAAAAUGAAAAAAAGACAACCCUUUGACUUGGCUGUGACUUGGUCUUGUGGCGCGUUUUUAAUCCAACACGCUUGUGCGAUUGUGCGAGCCCUUCUUGUGCUUUGGGUGUUUUUAAAGUCGCCGUACCACAGGGUGUGUCGGAGUCUGGAGAGGCAGCCAUUUUCAAAGGCUCCGGAGGGAGAAAAAUCAGGAUGAUAAAAAAAAAAAAAAAGCUAAAUAAAUCACAUCAACACGACGGCAUAGAAGCGUGUUCUGCUGUUUCUAUUUGUUUUUCUUAGUUCCUAUUUAUUUUAUUUUUUUUAGAAAAACACUAAAAGAGUGUUUUAUUCCACUUUAAUUUUUAUUAGUUAUCUUAAGGAAUUAAUUUGUUCAUAAUUUGAUAUUAGUUCAUAAUCAUGAGAUAAUUUUCUUCUCAAUCCUAGGUCUAUGUUUUACUUCUCUUUUUAUCUUGAUUUCUUCCGUCUGGUCAUAUAUGUGUGAAGUAUAUUUUUUUAUGAUAUUGAAGUAAUAUAAGUGAAUACUCUCCAGAGAAAAAUACAACAGGAAUGUGGAAACGCAAAGGCGGCAGAUUCAAAAACGUGUUAUCUCAUGUACUUCCCGUGAAUUUAAAUUUGCCUUCUUUCUCUCUGCGUGUUUGUGUGUUCGUAAAACAAGUUCUCUAGCGCUGCUGCGUCGGUCCUCUAGUCUGUUCUUGUGUUCUAGUGUUGGGUUGCGGGCAGGCCACUGUCCGUAUGAUAUACAGGUACCUUGCAAAAACGUCUUGGGGUAAUUACAUGAUUUGGUCUUUUCAGGCAUUUCGCAAAUGUCUUCUCUUUGUCCUUUAAAGAAUUCAAAUUCCUAUUUUUGAUAGUGAUUGCAACGUGUGCCAUUUUAACACCUCUUCACCCCGGGGUCUGCUGCCCUCGACUGGAGAGAUUAGCAAAAACGCUACAAAAGAAAAUCAUAAAAUAUGCACAAAAAAGACCAUUUUUAUGUAAUUUUAAUGUUUGCAGUUACCUCAUACACCGUACAUUCCAAAAUGAAAAUUUGUUAUACUAUACAUACUACCAGACAUAUCACUUUAAGAUGUUGGUUAUGAUGAAAAAAGUAUAAUCAUAGAUAUGUAUCUGUAUAGCCAUGAUAUCUACAAAGAAUCCAUGCACAAUAAAAGAUUUAUAAUUCUU